GAAAUUAUUCAAAGCAUUUAGAUUGAGUCAUUUAUUUAUUGGUAUAUGUACAUGUGUGGGGGCGCACAGGUGCACACAUGCUGUGGUGCACAUGAAGGUCAGAGGACAGUUUUUGACAGUUGUUUCAAACUCAUCUGCAAUCAUGUAGGUCCCAGGAUCAAACUUAGGUCCUCACAUUUUGCUAAAGGUGGCUUUGUCACUGACACAUCCUUCCCCCUACUCCCACAAAUCAUAGUCUUUGUCUUCAUUCUUGUUUUUUAAGAAGUUGCUACGUCAGGUACUUUUGUGCCACCAUGGGCAGUUUCACUCUAGAAACCAUUUAAAGUAGGAAAGACUGAUUUUGAAGGGUUCAGUCCAUGGUUAUUUGACUGCAGGUCCUUAGUAAAACAUGGAGGCAAUGGGAGCAUAUGGUGGAACUUCUUUAUGGUGGGCAGGAAGCAAACAGGGUGUGGGGGUGGCGAGCAAUUGGACGUUCCUUAAGCAAACAUGGCUGCACUAACAGCAGGCUGCGCUCAGGAGAGCACUAAGCCAUUCCUAUUAUAGUCUGCCUCUAAUCUGGUUAUUGCCCUGCCCGGCCCACCUCCUGCUCUCUGAACCACACUCUCAGGAUUUCCUGGCAUUCAGUGUUUGUUAGUAAUCAGGUGUGCUGUUGCCACAGUGUAGUGGCUCAAGCCUCUUGACCUCUUCGCCUUUAGAUACUCAUCUUUAUCCGAGACCAACAACAAUGUGACGGGAAACUCUGCCACAGUUGGUCGUGUUCGGAGUUUGAUUUGAGUGACAUUCGCCUGAUAGUGUACCAGGACUGCGAGAGGAGAGGCAGACAAGUCAUGUUUGACUCCAGAGCCGUGCAGAAGGUGGAAGAGGCGGCAGCUCAGAAAGCAGAGGACGUCCCUAUUAAAAUGUCAGCGAGAUGCUGUCAGGAAAGCGGCAGUGUCAGCAGCAGCAGCAACAGCAGCUCUUCUCAUAGCUCUGGAGGAUCUUUACAGCACGCUAAGGAGCAGCUUCCAAAGUACCAAUACACGAGACCAGCAUCUGAUGUCAACAUGCUUGGGGAAAUGAUGUUCGGCUCCGUCGCAAUGAGUUACAAAGGCUCCACCCUGAAGAUACACUACAUACGAUCUCCUCCACAACUGAUGAUUAGUAAAGUCUUCUCUGCUAGAAUGGGCAGCUUCUGUGGAAGUACAAAUAACCUGCAGGACAGCUUCGAAUACAUCAACCAAGAUCCUCAGGCUGGAAAACUGAACCCAAAUCAGAACAGUUUGGGUCCCUGUCGUACUGGAAGUAACCUAGGUCUGCUGCAGGCUUGCAGUGGCAAACUGCUGCAGGGGGUGUCAGAAGGAGGACCUCUCCGGCUCACCCGGAGCGCUUCUUUCUUUGCAGCACACAGCACACCUGUUGACAUGCCAAGCAGAGGGCAGAAUGAAGACAGGGACAGUGGCAUUGCUCGAUCAGCUUCGCUGAGCAGCCUGCUGAUCACACCCUUCCCGUCUCCGAGCUCCUCUACAUCCUCCUCCAGCAGUUACCAGCGCCGCUGGCUUCGAAGUCAGACCACGAGUUUGGAAAAUGGCAUCUUUCCAAGGAGGUCAACGGAUGAAACAUUUAGCUUGGCUGAAGAAACCUGUAGCUCUAAUCCAUCCAUAGUUAGACGGAAGAAAAUCGCCAUCAGUAUCAUCUUUUCCUUGUGUGAGAGAGAGGCCGCACAACGGGAUUUCCAGGACUUCUUUUUCUCCCACUUCCCCCUGUUUGAAUCUCACAUGAACAGGCUGAAGAGUGCAAUUGAAAAGGCCAUGAUCUCCUGUAGGAAGAUCUCUGAAUCAAGUCUCCGUGUCCAGUUUUAUGUGAGUCGUCUGAUGGAAGCCCUGGGAGAAUUCAGAGGGACUAUCUGGAACUUAUAUUCUGUUCCAAGGAUAGCCGAACCAGUGUGGCUUACCAUGAUGUCCAACACCUUGGAAAAAAACCAACUCUGCCAGCGCUUUCUCAAGGAAUUUAUACUUCUGAUUGAACAGGUCAACAAAAACCAGUUUUUCGCUGCCUUACUGACUGCGGUGUUAACCUACCACCUGGCCUGGGUACCAACUGUCAUGCCUGUUGACCAUCCUCCCAUUAAAGCCUUCUCGGAGAAGCGCACCUCUCAGUCAGUGAACAUGCUGGCCAAAACACAUCCAUAUAAUCCUCUCUGGGCACAGCUGGGUGAUCUUUAUGGAGCUAUAGGCUCUCCAGUGAGACUGACUCGCACCGUGGUGAUUGGGAAGCAGAAGGAUUUGGUCCAGCGCAUUCUUUAUGUUCUAACCUACUUUCUCCGUUGCUCUGAACUGCAAGAGAAUCAGCUGACCUGGAGUGGGAAUCACAGUGACGAUGACCAGGUUAUAAAUGGGAGCAAGAUUGUAACUGCCUUGGAAAAAGGAGAGGUAGAAGAGUCUGAGUAUGUGGUAGUUACAGUGAGCAAUGAGCCCGCUCUGGUACCACCAAUCCUACCAGCAGGGACAUCUGAGAGGAGGAGCCCUGAGCCUACAGCAGUAGCUGAGAUCCCAGAAGGCAUUAAUACCGAACUGGGCCACAAACCUGAAAGAAACAGAUGCAAGAGGCCAGAGCAGGAUUCUGAGGCCAGCAGCGUGGGGUUCCAAGAGGCCGAAACUGACAGUUCAUGGACACCUCGAGGCAUGUUCUGUGAGGACAAACAGAAUGACCAACAGGUAGCCCAGGAUUGUUCUUCAGGACCUCCCAGCUGUGAGGUGCCCAGGGUAAAAAGAAGGAUGGACCAACAAACUUUCCAUGAAGAGCUGCAUGGCGAGAUGCUAAAGAAACGAGCAGAGCGCUCAGCAGCCUGGCCCUGCCCUGACAGACAUUCCCAGGAGGGUCCUCCUGUUGAAAAGGUCACUUUCCACAUUGGAAGUUCCAUCUCUCCAGAGUCUGACUUUGAAAGCCGCACCAAAAGAAUGGAGGAGCGGUUAAAGGCCUGUGGACAUUUUCAUGGGGCCAGUGCCUCUGCCAGGUCUAGCAUGGACACUGGCCUGACUCAAGACCAGCAGGCCUCUGGGUGCUCCUUCAAAGCUGACUUUCAGAAGGACAUCACACCUCAGGACCACUGUUUAGGAGAAGAAGGUGUCUCUGAGAACAGAGGCCUCCGAGCCAACAUGGCACAUGCCGUGGGACAGCUGAGCCAAGCUGAUGGCCCCCUUGCACCUUCCACUUGUACAGCGGAAAGUGGCUGGAGACAGCUGGAACAGACUAGAGAUGUGCAAUUAAAAGGCAGCGAAGGACCUUCAUCAGAGCCUGUUCCAAACAGAUGUAGACAGCAGGGUGACCUGCUGAUUGCUGCAGAUGUCCCCUAUGGGGAUGCCAGUGGUAAGACCAACUACAGGAGCGAAGGAGACAUUCCCAGGAAUGAAAGCUUGGAUAGUGCUCUCGGAGACAGUGACGAUGAAGCAUGUGUUUUAGCCCUGCUAGAACUAGGUCACAAUUGUGACAGGACUGAAGGGUCCUUUGAAGUGGAACUGCCUCUACCAAGGUCUCAGAGCACCAGCAAGCCAAAUGUUAGAAAUUUUGGCCGCUCACUUCUGGCAGGUUACUGCGCCACGUAUAUGCCUGACUUGGUGCUGCACGGAACCAGCAGCGAUGAGAAGCUGAAGCAGUGCCUGGCAGCCGAUCUGGUCCACACGGUGCAUCACCCAGUGCUCGAUGAGCCCAUAGCCGAAGCCGUCUGCAUCAUUGCAGACACUGACAAGUGGACUGUCCAGGUGGCCACAAGUCAGAGGAAAGUGACGGACGCCAUGAAGCUGGGCCAGGAUGUCCUGGUCUCUAAUCAGGUGUCCAGUUUACUCCAGUCCAUCUUACAGCUCCAUAAGCUUCACCUCCCCGCUGAUUUUUGCAUCAUGCAUCUGGAAGACAGACUACAGGAGAUGUACCUCAAAAGUAAAAUGCUUUCAGAGUAUCUCCGGGGACACACACGUGUGCAUGUGAAAGAGCUGAGCGUGGUGCUGGGGAUUGAAUCCAAUGACCUGCCUCUGCUGACUGCCAUCGCCAGCACUCACUCUCCGUAUGUGGCUCAGAUCCUCUUAUAGCCGACUGCAGGACCAGAAGGAGGAAGCUCUGACCGCAGAGGCCUGAGAACACGGACCAGUCGCCCGCUCGCCUGCCUGCCGGCCCGCCCGUCCGCCUGCCCCUCGUUAUUCGUGUGGCUGCUGCCUAGUGGCUGGUACAUUGGGAGGCUUGUGUUUACUCCAUGCAGUGGCACAUUGUGAUUGUUCUGGAACACUCUGAGCCAUUGUCUCCCAGGAACCAAAAGAAAGUAGCCUUUCUAUGGGAGGGAAGCACCACAGUCAAACUAGGCAGACACCCCCAUGCUGUUGGGUAGAAUAUUGAGGGCUGACUCUGGAGUAGAGGGUAACCGAUAUCUAGAACAUUCCAGCAGGAAAGUGUUUCCUGUU